CAGUGGAUGUGACACGCUUACAAAUACACAGAAAACAACCCGAGAGCAGCAGGAAACCAUGAUCCGGCUCCAGCGGAGAGUCUAGUCCGCUCGACUCGUUAGGAAACCGGGACUUUUGCUGAUAUUUUUCUCCCUUGUUCUUGGCAGCAGCACCAUGGUGAAGAAGUCGGACCGAGCCCCUCUGCUGGACUGGGAGGAGACCCCACCGCCCGAUGCGAUCCAAACGGCCCCGCCGCAGCCUGACGCACCGGCGGAGAAAAGUUCGCAGCCAGCCGGUCGAGGGACACCCGCAGGCACCGCGGCUGGCACUGGGUGGAGCAGUAACGGGAACAGUAACGGGAACAGUAACGGGAACAGCACCGUCGCCAUCACCUGCAGCCCGACGAAGAGUGUGACAGCUGUUGUUGCCAGCAGGAACGGAAGUCCGGGCCGACCGCGGACUGUGCUCACCGGGCACGGCUGGGAUCGUCCGGAGCCUCCCGGUACGGAGCGUAAUGUUCUCUUCCCCGGCCUCUCCGCGAGGGAUCAGUGGGAGGAGAAGGACCAGAUCGUGGCUGUGUUUGUGGUCACCUUUGAUACCAGAUCAGGGAAUAUGGUCGAGUGGUGCCUGCCUCACGACAUCAACCUAGAUGGCGUCGAAUUCAAAUCGAUGGCCAGCGGUUCCCAUCGGAUCACAAACGACUUCAUAUAUUUCCGUAAAGGCUGUUACUUUGGGCUGGCCUGCUUUGCGAACAUGCCUGUGGAGAGUGAGCUGGAGCGAGGAGCCCGGAUGAAGUCUGUGGGAAUCCUGUCUCCCUCCUACACUCUGCUCUACCGCUACAUGCACUUCCUGGAGAACCAAGUCAGACAUCAGUUGCAGUGUCCGGGCCAGUAUUCUCCACUGGAGGCCUUCUAUGACGAUAAGAAGGCCGUGCUGCCCCCUGCAGGAAACGGUCUGGUCACCGCCUGCCCAACCUGGAGCGUUACCACCAUCAACCGCUGCAUGCACCCAGAAAUGAAGAUCACCCACCCGGCUGGCUGCAUGUCUCAGUUCAUCCAGUUCUUCGGGGAGCAGAUAAUGGUGCUGUGGAAGUUUGCACUCCUCAGAAAACGUAUCCUCAUUUUCUCGCCCCCUCCUGUAGGCGUGGUCUGCUACAGGGUGUAUUGCUGUUGCUGCCUGGCUAACGUCUCGUUACCCGGAGUCGGUGUCACCGUGCCUGAGUUACGUCCUUUCUUCUACGUCAACAUCGCCGACAUCACCACCCUGGAAACGGAGCUGUCAUACGUGGCCUGCACCACAGAGAAGAUCUUCGAGGAGAAGAAGGAGCUGUACGACGUUUACGUUGAUAACCAGAACGUGAAAACUCACAAAACCCAUUUGCACUCGCUGCUCCGAGUGAACGCAGCAGACAAGGAGAAGUACAGGAAACUGAGCGAGCAGAGGCAAAUGUUGCUGUACUCUCAGGAGGUUGACGGAGACUGCACUUCAAAUGAAGAGGAUCUUUUUAUUCUGUUCUUCAUGGAGCUGAACAACCGCAUCUUCCAGACCCUGUCGGAGGUAGCAGGGAGCGCUGAACCCGUCCUCACCGAGGAGCACAUGAGCGCCAUGGGGCUGGACCCCCAGAGCGAUCGCUCCUUCCUGCUCGACCUGCUGGAGGUGUACGGCAUCGACGUCACGCUGGUCAUUGACACUCUUUGCUGCCCCUGAGCCCCUCUUCAGCCUGAGGAACUUAAAUUACCACUGGAUAUCUGUGCCUUCAAGGCCCACUCCCACUCCCACUCCCACUCCCACACACACCAAGACACUGAAGACACUGCCUUCACCUUGGGACAUCUGUCCGUCCCCUCGUGGGUCUCUGUUUUUCCCCUGUACAAGGGGAAGCCCGGGGCAGCAGUGUGCCCUUAAUUUCAUUCACGCCCUUCAUCAUGUGUUCACCUGUUUGUGUUUUUUUUUUUGACUGCUGAAGCACUGGAUACACCCAUCUUGUUCUGGGUGAUGACUGUUCGUUCUCCUCUCACAGAGAAGAAAUCCCUGAAACUUUCUCGCUCCUGAUACUUUGGAGACACUUAGGCUCCCUGAAGAGUCUCAUUAUGUGGGUGAGUUUUCACUGCUGGAAAUGAACUUUAGUGCUUUAAAUAACAUUUCAGAUUCUAGCCUUCAUAGUGUGCAAAAAAAACAAAAACAAUAACAUGGAUGAUUAUGUGGCUCUGUUACCGAGGGAGCUGCUUUAUUGCUCUGUGCUUGAUUCACCUUUCAGAGAGGACAAAGAAGCAAUAGGAGUCUGUUUGUGGUUUGAAAUCAUCAGCCACCGUUUCGGUUUCUCUCAGAUGAAAGAGAGCAUCGAGCCGUUUGUUAUAAAUAUGUUUUUUUUAUGAAGAGGAUUGUUAAUAAUUAUGAAGCUGAUGUCGCAGAAUGUGGAGGGAACGAGCUGUUGUUCACCUUUUUAUGCACCUUUUAACACAACGUGGAUGUUAUCGUGUGUUUCUGUGUGACGGAGGGCGUUUCUGGAGACUCUCCGUUGUGUCACCUUCAAACGCCGAGGUCGCUGAAUGUGACUUUAUCACUAACUUACCAUGAAUGCUGCACUUUGUAACAACACUGGACCAUUUCUUGUUGCACACAGUGAUCAUGCUAAAAAAAAAAAAAAACGACAUGAAUGACUUUUAGUCUGUGCGCACAGGCUGUCAUUGUUCUUUUUUUACUUGAACCAGAGGCUGGUCUACCAGCACAACCCGUUAUUUCAUGUCCUCUGUGCUCCAGUUUGAGGACGAGUCCCUGAUGGAGCCGUUUGUAGUUUAUUUGUCGAUCAGCGUCAAAGAGAUCCUCUCUGUUUAUCCGUGUCCUCCACAAAGAUCUCUUUGUGCGUUUUGGGGAAUCUAACGUUGGAGCCCUGAGAGCCCCCCCCACCCCCACCCCACCCGCUGUCUGUUCCAGCUGAGGGGUUCUCUCCGCCUUUUCAUCACAGCCCCAUUGAGUGAAUCCAGCUCCAGAGACGGAGGCCAACUGUGUCUUUUCAAUUUGCCUGGCAGGACUGGUUUGGUCGCUCCGUCAUGUUGCCAAUCAGAGAGGUAAUUUGUUCCAUGUUGGAACACACGAGGCCGAUGCUGGCCUCCCAAAAAAAAAAAAAAAAAAGUAGACUGAGCUGUUCUCAAACAUGCAAGCUUAAAUACCAACUCUUUUUUUGUAACACGUCUUUUCAAGUCACUUUUUUUUAAAACUGUCACGUUUGGUGAUACGACGCUCUGAAGGGGGGCCGAGCACUGCUGAUGGUUUUAAAGCCUGUGCUGGACUUUGAUUGGACCCCUGUAAGAGGUUUUCUAGGACGGUUUUAAGAAGUAGAGAAAAGUGCACAAAGUAUUGUAUUUUAAAGAAAAGGGCACUCGAGCUUUAGUUGUUUCAGCGGGGCCUUAAGGAAACGUGAUGUUCUCAUUCUUCCCACAGCGAAGUGUCCGGCUCUUUCUCUGCAUGUCAGCAGUGUUUGCAGAAAGAUUUAGAGCCUCGUCCUCUUUGACGGUUGAAUCUUUAACGCUCAUGCCUCUGAUGGUGUUUGCUUUACAGGUGUAUGUUAAGUGAAAAAGAGAACGUACACACACACACCACUGUAUAAAAUGCCUUCUUUGUUAAGCCGUCCACAGUCGUGUACCAGCAUUAGCUAUGUGAGUUGUUUGUACAGCCUGUCACUCUCUACUGAAUGUCAAAGACAGCAAAAAGUAUUGCACACAUGCAGACACACGGGCGAGUAACGUUCUUCUUCUGGAUUGUACAUCAAGAGCUUUCACCCUAAUAACCGAUACGUCUCCACCUUAAUAAUGUGAAACACUGUACCAGAUGUCAGUAAUGUACCCAUGAACUCAAUAGCAUGAGCAACUGUUACUUCCACUGUACUGCCAUUGUUAAACAAUAAAACAUCGAUACAGUCA